CAGAACUCACUGGAUUUAAUUUCUUCACAUAAAAUAAGCAAACAUGGGAAAGCUCUCAGUUUUGUUCUUCACUUCCAUCUUCCUCUGCUAUAUUCUGACACAAGCCUCUCGCCCUCAACCAUCUGUUCUCAAGGAUUCCUCCCCUGAGACGCCACACCUGGGUGUUGAAAGUGAAACAGAGCAUGAGGUGACGGUCGACGAGAGAUGUGAAGGAAUUGGAGACGAAGAAUGCUUGACCAGAAGAACGCUCGCGGCUCACGUUGAUUAUAUUUAUACUCAGAAGAAUAAACCUUGAAGUAUCCUUAGGCAGUAACUACAUUUAUAUACUGCAAGAGUACUACUCCUUCGAUAUUAUGGGGAAAAAAAGAGAGGAACUGUUUAUGAUAAUAUCGUGUAACUAAUUUACAGAGUAAGUAGUCAUUACCUAUGUGCUUGUGAUGUUUGUAAGGGUUUUUGUGUUUCUUCUUCCUAUUUUAUAGUUUAUCAUAGGUCUCAAUCCCACGAGCGGACAUGUUAAAUAAUCUUGGCGAUAUGUGAGCUUUUCAAGCGACUAUGAAUUAGUUCAUAUAUGUAGGCUGUUCCAUCUUC